AUGGACGCCGUAUACGCUCAAGUCGUGGAAUCAAUCUACAGUCGCGCCAUCAUACACGACAAGCCUAGAUUUCUCGUCGCAAUCGCCGGAGCCCCAGGGUCUGGAAAGACCACCUUGGCAAAUGCGCUCACCGAGCGCCUAAAUGCAAUGCCGGCAAGCAUCCGCCGUCACACGGUAUGCGUUCCGAUGGACGGCUUCCAUCUAUCGCGAGCAGAGCUGGACCAGCUCCCCAACCGAAAGGAGGCCUAUGUCCGCCGAGGAGCCCCAUGGACAUUCGACGUGUCAGGGUUCAUAAUGUUCGUCCAGAGGUUGCGCAAGUGGGCAGAGAAGGACACGAGCCCUUUUCACAAUCAGACAACCCCACCUCCAUCUCCCUCGUCCUCGGAGAUCUUACAUGCCCCCUCAUUUGACCAUGAGAAGAAGGACCCCGUCACCGACGGUAUCUCCAUAACCCCAGAUACGUCAAUCAUCAUCCUGGAGGGUAACUACUUGCUAUUAGAUGAGCUGCAGUGGCGGGACGUGGCAUCUAUGGUCGACUAUCGUGUGUUCGUGGAGGCAGAUUUACAGGUAGCUAGGGAGCGGGUUGCAAAGCGACAUGUUCUGGCGGGAAUCGAACCAACCCUUGAUGAUGGCUUCAGGAGGGUGGACCAAAACGACUUCCUAAAUGCGCAGACUAUUUCUGAAAGGCGCCUCCCGGCGGACCUGGUCAUUAAUGGUACACCUGAGCAUCAGAGUAAGGAUAAUUGA